AUGUGCGAAGUCGUUCGACGGUCCCUUGGUCCGGUAGCAGGUGCUAGCUUCGUUGCAAGCACGGUGCCUGGAAGAUACAGCGACGAAGAGGGCGCCAGCGCCUGCUCCCUUUGCAGCCCCGGCCGCUAUGCCACGGAGACUGGUGCGAGCUCCGUGGAGGUUUGCCAGGAUUGCGGCGCAGGCCGCGCCAGCAGCGAGGGCGCUGGCAGUUGCAGCGACUGCUCGCCGGGGCGCCAUGCGCCGAGCAACGCCAGCGCCAGCUGCGCCGAGUGCCCCGCGGGGCGCUUUGUGGAGGCCGCCUUGGCAAGCAGCUGCCACCUUUGCCCUUCGGGCCGCUUUGGCGCCACGCCAGGCCAGGCCAGCGAAGACCAGGCUUGCAGCGACUGCGGCGCGGGCCGCUACGGGGACACCGAGGGGGCUGGCACCUGCGACCCCUGCGCACCAGGUCGCUGGUCGGAUGCCUCGCGGGCCACGCGCUGCACGGAUUGUCCCGCUGGGCGCGCCAGCAGCCAGGUCGGCGCCACAACGCAGGCCUGGUGCCUCCGCUGUGGCGUGGGCAAUGUCAGCGGCCUGGGCGCCGAAUUCUGCGAUCCCUGCGCCGCCGGGCGGUGGCAGAGCGACGAAGGCCAGAGCGAGUGUCAGGAAUGCGACGCCGGACGCUGGACGUCCCAACUGGGGAGCAGCGCCUGCCAAGCCUGCGAUGUUGGGCGCUUCGCCGCCUCGGCCGCGGCGACCUCCGUGGAGGACUGUCGCCUCUGCCCCGCGGGCCGGGCGACGGCAGAGCUCGGGUCGUCCAGUUGCACCUUAUGCGACGCGGGGACGUUCACUGGCGAAGAGGGAGAAACAGCCUGCACGUCCUGCCGCCCUGGAACGGCCAGUGGCUCCCUCGGGGCGAGUAGCGAGGGCAUGUGCGCGCCCUGCGAGUUGGGUCGCUGGAGUGGAGCGGGCGCUGCGGCCUGCGCCUGGUGUGCGGCCGGCACCUUCGGCAACAAGCAAGGCAUGACGCAGUGCCACCCUUGUGGCGUCGGCACCUACCGCGCGGACACGGGCGGCACCUCCGCCGAAGACUGCAGCAAGUGCUCCCAGGGGCGUUUCUCCACGGCCGUGGGCGCAUCUGAGGCCCAGGUUUGUGAGCGCUGUGCUGCCGGACGCUGGUCGGGAGAGCUGGGCGUCUCGCAGUGCGUGGCGUGCGAGGCGGGCAGGCUGGGCACUUCCACCGGUGCAGUAGACGCCGAGGUGUGCAGACCCUGCGCUCCCGGGGAGUGGAGUGAGGCCGCGGCGUCCGCCUGCUCCCAGUGCCCCAAGGGCCGCUGGAGCGGAACGGAGGCCACCUCGCUCUGUGAGGCCUGCGUCGCCGGGAGGUGGAGCAGCGCGGAAGGCGCGACGGCGGAUGACGUCUGCCAGCUGUGUGACAUUGGGCGCUUCAGCGCCAGCCCGGCAGCGGAGAGCGUGAGUAGCUGCACGCUCUGCCCGCCCGGCCGAUGGAUGGGCGACACGGGUGCGGGGCUCUGUCGCGGCUGCGAAGCCGGCCGCUUCACCACCGCGGUCGGGGCCACCACGGACGCCGUCUGCGAGGCGUGCGGGCCGGGCGCGUUCAGUUCGGAGGGCGCGGGUGUGUGCGGAGAUUGUUCGGCAGGGCGCUGGACAGAUUUGUUGGGCACCACGGCCUGCGCCCCGUGCCCCAGUGGCCGCUUCGGGCCCGCACCGGGCGCGCAGAGCAACCGCACCUGCAUGCCUUGCCCGCAGGGAUACUGGACGACUACUGAGGGGGCUUCCAGCUGCAGCGGCUGCGCCGCGGGCCGGGUCAACUCGCAUCCAGAGCACCGGCCAUCCGAGGAAGGCGUUUGCGUGGACGUGGUUUUCAAUGCAGCAGAGCUUGCUGCCCACCCGGCCCCCUGGGGCCUUCUCUUCCUGGCCCUCCACCGGCUUCUCGGGUGA